AUGACCCAUAAUCAGAUCACGCGGUUUGCUGAUGUCGUCGGCCGUGUUUUUCCAAUGGCGAGAAAUUCCUCCAGUCACUCGAAGACGACGGAACUGGUAAUGGAAUUACCGAUUAACGACGUUAAUUCCGCCACGUCGGGAGCUGGAUCGGUGAUUCUUUCUCGAGUUGCACGGGGUGUUACAUCAUUGCGCGUGUUAAUCAACGGCCGCUGUAAUGAACCGUCAACGCGGUGCCGGCGAAAACGAAGAAACCGCGUAACAAGACGCCGUCGCCGCUGCGAGUUCUCCGAUGCGGCGACACGUGAGGAGCGGACUCGUCAGGCCGGACAAGUCGAGGUGACACCGGAAGGGUGGCCGGUUCGUGCCCAAUCUGCUUUCGCCGCGGUGAAAACGUGCUCCAUGUACGGCGGAAGGUUCGAUCUUGCACGUGACCGCGAUCCGCCACGGCUGGAUCGAUCAUCCGGUCGGUGCGAAAGCAUUCUGUGCAUCUUCCUGCUGUUCGGGACGUUCCUCGGCUGCGAUGCUAGAAGUAACGGUACGCCAGAUGUCCAUAGGAUACCCGGAGGUGCCGGAACACGCCAAGCAGAUCACGCUUAUUCACAUAUGAAUAAUGACAUAAAAGAUGCGGGUGACCAGGGAGAUCUCUAUAUUGGUCACAGUGGUGAUCCGUGGAGCGCGUCCUCAGAGCAUGAUUACCAGAAGGAUAUCUACGUGCCCGUAUCGUCGCCGGCGAACGUGGCGAUUAACAGCACGAAAGCUCAAUCUGCCGUCAAAGAGACGACGAGUCAUGCGAGAUUCAAGAGAGGAGUCAUACAUCUCUACAAUAUGGUAGUGUGCGCCACAGGAUGUAAUCCUCUGGUUUACAAGGGGUACGGUUGCUACUGCGGAUUCUUAGGAUCCGGCUAUGUCAUCGACGGUAUCGACCAGUGCUGCAAGAUGCACGACUGGUGCUAUGACGCUACGGAGUGUCCCAUGUUCUCAGAGUACUUCGUACCAUAUUACUGGAGAUGUUAUCACGGUUACAAACCCGUUUGCGCGGUUGAGCACGGCGAAUGGGGAGGAUCGGGAUCGUGCUCUCAACGUUUGUGCGAAUGCGACCGCUCAUUAGCGGAAUGUCUGAGGAGAUACCCUUGUCCUACCACCAAAGCAGUCUGUACCUCGUCACCCUGGAGACUCGUACAAAAUCUCUUUAUGAUUAUAUAAGUUGCGUUAUUUUGAUAAAAUGGCAUAGGUCAAGAGGCGAUAAAAUUUGUUUUAUGUCGUCAUAGAUUUUACAUAUUAUAUAUAUAUUUUUUGGAGAUAAAGCGCUUUAUGUAAUUCCUACUCGUGCGCAUCAAGAAAUUUGAACUGAUUCUCACAGACACGAUACAGUACUUGAAUGCCAAAGAAGACACUGAUUAUUUUUACGAGCUGUGCGACAUUUUAACAAUCUGCUAUCUCGAAACUGUCAUCUUGCUUGACGUCAGAGACGAGGAAUGAUACGGUGCAAAAUUCUUGCAUUCUUUAGCUUUAUUUUUUCAAUUAUUUCCCACCAAAACAAUAUUUUUGUAAUCUUGUUUUAUUUAUCGUGAGAAAAAGAAAAAUAAAGCUGUAAAAAAUUAAAAAAUAAAACUGCAAGACGCAAGAAUUUUACACCGGUAAGAUUAACAGCUUAGAGGUAGCCGGCGCUUAACGCUCUAAAAAUCAGAAACAUUACGUUGUAAUCAAAACUCUGACAAUGAUUAAGUGAUUAUUUAUUAUUAUUAACAUGCUUCAUUUUCAAUUUUCCGGUCAUUGCUAACGAGGAAAAUAAGCGUGUGCGUGUGUGUAUAAGUAAAAAAUCAUAUCGUU